CAAUCAUAUUCGAAGAAAAAAGUAAAUUUUUGAAAAAUAAAAUAUGGUAAAAAAAGGGAAAAUAUCAAAGAUAAAUGAUACAUCUUCGAAAGAAGCUAUAAAAAGUUCUAACACAACAUUAAAGGCAGAAAAAGCAGCAAAAGCAGUAGCUUUAGGGAAUUAUUCUAAGCUAAAGAGGCGGGUCCGUACAAGUGUAACAUUUCGUCGACCAAAAACCUUAUGUUUACCACGUAAACCACUAUAUCUUCGAAAAAGUAUUCCUCAUACCCCUCGUUUGGAUGAAUACAAAAUCCUCGUAUGUCCUAUGAAUACAGAGAGUUCAAUGAAAAAAAUUGAAGAGAAUAAUACAUUGGUUUUCCGUGUAAAUAUUAAAGCUAAUAAACAUCAAAUAAAACAAGCUUUUAAAAAACUUUAUGAUGUUGAUAUUCUUAAAGUUAAUACAUUAAUUUCUCCUAAGGGUAUUAAGAAGGCUUAUGUUAAGCUGGCUGCCGAUAUGGAUGCUUUAGAUGUAGCAAACAAAAUAGGAUUUGUCUAAAAUCUUAUUUUCUUUAAAGAGCC